GUGACAGAUUUUGGCUUUGCCAAACGUGUAAAGGGCCGGACCUGGACACUGUGUGGCACCCCAGAAUAUCUGGCCCCAGAGAUCAUUCUCAGCAAGGGGUAUAACAAGGCAGUAGACUGGUGGGCGCUGGGGGUACUGGUUUAUGAGAUGGCAGCAGGGUACCCGCCUUUCUUUGCUGACCAGCCCAUUCAGAUCUACGAAAAGAUCGUAUCAGGGAAGGUGCGUUUCCCAUCUCACUUCAGCUCUGACCUGAAGGACCUGCUGAGGAACCUGUUACAGGUGGAUCUAACAAAACGUUACGGAAACCUCAAGAACGGGGUCAACGACAUCAAGGGACACAAAUGGUUUGCAACCACUGACUGGAUUGCGAUCUACCAGAAAAAGGUGGAAGCUCCCUUCGUCCCCAAGUUCAAAGGACCAGGCGACACCAGCAACUUUGACGACUACGAAGAGGAGGAGAUCCGUGUCUCCUUUAAUGAGAAAUGUGCCAAGGAGUUUGCGGAGUUCUAGAGUUAGAAAGUGAGAGAGGAAGGGAGUAGGAAAGUCAAAGGUAAGCUGGUCAAGUGGGAGACGUAAGGAGGAAGUACUGUCUCCUGUCCAAUCACAAGCACCAGCUACAAACAGAGGGGGGGAAUGGGAUAGAGAAGGGAAAAAGAGCAAGGAGACUGAUAACCAGCAGUGUUGCCUUUUCUGUUGUAUUUAAUUUAUUAUUCUGUCUUAUUUAUGGAUCCCUUUAUAAUGAAGGUGUGCUUCAGAUUCAUGGGUGUUGGGAAGCCCACUUAUUUAGAGUUGCCUCUACACAUUUUAACACAAGAUCUUCCCGGCUCUUCUAUUGUUUCAUUCAUCAUUUAGUCACUUUUGGGCCACAUCACAGAGAAAGUCGGUUCUACUCUCCUGCAGGUUACAUGAAUUACAUGAUGCGUGGUGCAAUUCGAGGUCUCAGUCUGCACAAAGGUUUCUUGCAUUUAAACUGAAAACCUUCUCGUUGUUUUGUUAGCAAGAGGAGCAAUUAGAGGUGCAUUCAAUGAAUCACUCUCAUGCACUUUUUACAAUGUUUUCUAGUCUUUUUUUUUCCUUUAUAUACUUAAAACUCCACCGUUUCAUAUCAUACACAGCAUACGUCGAGUCAAAGUUGGCCAAAAGAAAAACUUAAAGUGGACGCAUUGCAUUCUCAAACAGGUUUCUGUCAGAUACAAGUGACACUUGGGGGGGAGGGGUCACUAAAGUUUACUCCAUCUAUACUUCUUAUCAUUGUAGGCAUAGCCAGGUUUGUGAACUCCAUGUGGCUCCAAUGAUAUCAUGUCAGGUUAACAAACAUGGACAUUUGGAUGGUUAUAUCUCAGUUUAAUGGCGUAGUGACGGAACAUUAUAACAUAAUGGUAUCUCAGGUUUGAACAUAUCACUUAAUAAGACAUUUUAUCAACAGAAAGCGUUAGGAUUAGCAGGUUAAGAAGACGUGUGAGACACUUGCUUAUGAUAUAGAUUUGGGAAUAUACUGUUCUGGUAAGCACUUAAAGGAACAUAAGGGAAUAUUUAGACUUUUGGUUUGCGUUUUCUGAAUGUUUCCUUCCAGAACAUUUGGUUUUCAAACGUGACAAAUCUGAUUUCAAAGCACUCGCUGUUUCUGCUCAGAGCUCACCUACUAGUCAAGUUGAUGCAGCAUUUUGAAUCAACCAUUAGGCCCUCCCACGAAUAGAGACCAUCCGAGGCAGAUUACCUUAAAACUGCGUCUAGUUGGUGCUCGAUGUGUUUAUGUUCAUCUCCCCAGCCCUCUCCUCUUAUCACUUGCUAAGUUGAGCCACACUCCACGCGACAGUCUUACAUUUGACAGAGACUCUUUCCCAUCUCUCUGUUUACAUGCUUAAUUUUUAUUUUAUUUUUCCAUGCAAAGAUGACUCAAUUAAAAAAGUUAGAAGAAGGUAGAGCACCUGGAGUUUAAGAGAGCUCAGACGAUACAAAAAAACAUCUCAGUGCACAGGAUACAAGCGGCCUGUUUAAAGUGCAAAAAGCUCUUCAGGUGCUCAAUGCCUCUUUAGCUCUUGAGCUACUAUGGCAAAUAACUGAAGCGAUGCGACAAAAUGGUGGUCUUACGGAGUUUAUAAAAGAAGACGUAGUGACAUUAGUGUCUGUUUCAAACAUUAAAAUGCCUUCUUCAUAGCUGUGUUGUGCCACCAAAAUGAAUAUGUUCCGUUUUGGUUCCAAGAGGUGCUCCAGUUCUUGUCUGAUUGCUUUAAAAAUCCAGAUAAGUUUGAUGCACACAAGUCCUUCCUGUCCAAAUAAAAAAAUUACACAUUUACAAGUUAACAUCAGUGUAAAUUCAAGGUGGGCUAAAUGAGAUGAUGUGAGGUCUAUGUAGCCCACAUUUCAUGGCCGGAUUAUCCAGCUAGUGGGGUCCGGGCCCCUAUUAACCCAUCCUCCCUCUCUCUGUACAUUAGACAGUAUCACUAUGCCGGAAUAUGACAUGACCCAGUUUUACUGUUCUGUAAUUUGACUUAAACACUACUUUGUGAAUAUGCAUCAUGUAAGCACAUCAUUACCAGAAUUAAUGAAGGUCUUAAAGGGCAAGUGAUUCAGCGUUGCACUUGAAUAAAACUUGCAAAAGACUUGCAGCAGAGGCUUGGAUUUAUAUAACUGUCACAUCAUACGGGAUGGAUGGUAGAGCGGGGAAAGAUUCUAAUGUCGACGUGCGACACAAUUUGACAACUUUUAUAGUCUAUUUUCUUUGACAAGUAAAGAAGCAGGAACUAUCUAAAGUCCCGUUCUAGUGUCAGAUAAAGUUGUGCUUUAGUAAUGUGUUUAAUUAAGUUAUAUUACUACAAACCAACUCAUACAGUUGACCUGGGGCUGUUGGGUGCUAUGGACAGUUGCUUUCCUAGUUGGUAGCCUCAACAGUGUCCAUUAAAAAAAAAAGGAUUUGGAUUAUUUUCAUAGAAAUGAGUCACAGUACAAGGCGACCAACUUGUGACCAAAAGGGUUGAUCCCCUCCCCCAUACACCCACUACUUUUCAUAUUGUUCUUUUUGAUUGAGAUGUGAAACAGCUGAAAAACAUUUCAUUGAUCAAUCUUGAGUGAAAAAUGAUAUUGGCAGAUUAAUGGUGGCAAAAGCUACAAAGUUGACACUCGGUUUCAGCCGGCUUAUUGUUUAUGAGUAAUUUAACUUUUAUUUUCCUUAUUCUUAUUAUUAUGACAUUGUUGUAAACCAAUUGUUGAGAAUUCACACUCGCUGUAUUACCUCCAUGUCAAGUUUAAUGUUGACUAUAUCAUCAUGGACAAAAUGUUUGAAGUUCUAAUAUUAUUCCGUGUCUCCUCGAUGUUUUUUGCAGUGAUACAACUUCCUCUUGAUGCAGGCACAAUGCUGGUACAUACUGUCGCACUUUUUAGGGAAAUGAGACCCCCAUGUAAACCAUGUUAACCCCCUACCCAUACACACACACACACACACACACACACACACACACACACACACACACACACACACACACACAC